AUGUCUACCACUAUCACAGAAACUGUGACGGCACCGGCCCCUACCCCUUCGCUGAAGGUCAUCAAGAACGGAUUCGGGGCAGAGAUCACAGGCCUGGACUUUGCCAACGGCGUGACCGACGAAGGGUAUAUGUUUAUUGAAGAUGCGAUAAAGAAGCAUGGAUUUGCCGUAGUUCGACAGACAAAAUUGGUCGAUGAGACUCACCUUGAGCUGGCUCGCAAAUUCGGCGAGCUUGACGACGUGACUCCCUACAACAAAGCCGGCCGUGAGCACCGUUUGAAAUAUAACGAAUUGUUCGACGUUGGGAACGUUGAUGUCGAUGGCUCGAUUGUUGACUUGAGCAGCCCCCGUGGCGAGGCGAAUAAGGGCAAUGCGCUCUUUCACACUGACUCCAGCUUCAACCCUCGACGCGCUGGUUACUCUCUGCUACUAGCCCACGAGCUUCCUCCCUCUGGUACCGGGGGCUCCACUGCCUUUGCCGACAUGAGGGCUGCCUACCGCGAUCUUGAACCUGAAUUUAAAAAAUUGCUCCACGAGAAGAAAUUCAUCGCCCGUCACUCCAUCCUACACUCGAAGAAAAUGGCAGCUCCCGAAUGCUUCAAAGACGUUGAGCCUACAGACUAUUUUAUGAGUCGCCACUGGUUGCUACAAGUUCAUGAGCGCACUGGCAUCCCUACUAUAUACCUCGCGAAGCAUAUUCAUUCCCUUGAAGGUUCUCUGUCCAUUCUUGACAGACUUUUUGACCACGCUACCCAGGAUGAGUAUGUCGUUGAGGUGGAGUGGAAAAAUGUAGGUGAUAUGAUAGUUUGGGACAAUACAUGUACAAUGCACCGUGCUGUUAGCGGUGAGUUUGUCACCAAGUACAGGAGGGACAUGAGGCGAGCCACCGUGCAUGACGAUAGCAGCCUGGCAUGGGGCUUCAACGAAAGGAGUAACGAACGCAUGGGUCUACCUUGA